AUGACGUACACGGGCCAGGUGCCCUCUUCCCUCGCCAACAAAAUCGACGCCCGCAUCGUCCCCUUCUUCGAGCACUUCUACCAUGUCUCUGACACCCCGAGUGCGCACGACGACUACGCCGCUUCGUUCCUCCCGGAUGCCGACUUUGUCAUGGGCUCGAAGUCCGUCAAGGGCUAUGACCAGGUGCUAGAGCUCCGCAAGGGACUUUGGACGGGUCCGAUCCAGAGCAGGAAGCAUAAGCUGGAGAAGAUUUUCCCGUUUGGUGAAGGCAGCCUAGAGUGUAUGUUAUAUGGCAGUGUAGAUUAUGGAUUGAAGAAUGGCAAGCAGUUGACAGUGGAGUGGUCUGCGAGGGCGGUAUUGGCCGAGUACGAGGGCAAAGAGUUGAGGUUUAAGUUGUAUCAGGUCUAUCUGGAUUCAGCUCCUGUUGCAAACGCCGCAAAAGAGUAG